CACCCGCAAACAGACGCAGCUCCGCUUCACGUUGGUUUUGGAUGAAACACCCGGUUUCGUUCGGCAAACUUCGGCUGCAGGUCGUCGGUGCCGCUUUUUGACGUGAACUCGCCUGUUUGGGCUUCGUGCCGCCGCGCGUAAAACUCAUCCACGAGAGGAGGAACACGCAGCGUCUCCGCGUUGCGCCACUCGCGCGGUGGGAGGAAUCUGACGGAGGCUCAUUCAUUGAGGAAGUUUACUGUCAGUUGGAGCAACGCAGCGCAGGACGCAAAGAUGAGCAACAUUGAGGCAAACAGCAACAAGAGCGUUCAGAUUUCCAAGAAGCUGAAAAUGAGUGGCGACACCUCGACGCUUCACGUGGACGGCAUCCCUCCGGACACGCUCACUGAGGUGGAGAAGUACCUGGAACGUUUCCGUCUCUCUCUGGAGAAGCUGAAGGAAGUUUCCGCCCGGCUGAGGAAGGAUCUGAUCCGAGGUUUGGGCAAACACUCGCAUCACAGGGCCGCCGUCAAGAUGCUGCCCACCUUCGUCAGGGCCACGCCGGACGGGACGGAAAAAGGCGACUAUCUGGCGUUGGAUCUCGGCGGGACGAACUUCCGGGUUCUUUAUGUCCGUGUGGUGGAGGAGCAGCAGAAAGUUCUGAAGAUGGACAGUAAGAUCUGCAGCAUCCCGCAGGAGAUCAUGCUGGGAACCGGAGAACAGCUGUUCGACCACAUCGCAGAAUGUCUCAGUGAAUUCCUUGAGUCUCAGGACCUGAAGGGACAAACUCUUCCUCUGGGCUUCACCUUCUCCUUCCCCUGCGAGCAGAAGGAAAUCGACAAGAGCAUCCUGAUCCGCUGGACCAAAGGCUUCAAUUGCUCCGGUGUGGAGGGACAAGAUGUGGUGAGGCUUCUGAAAGAGGCCAUUCACAGGAGAGGGGUCAGUUGCGGGUGNAACGACACGGUGGGCACGAUGAUGAGCUGUGGCUACAGGGACCAGAGCUGUGAGAUCGGCAUGAUCAUCGGGACGGGAACCAACGCCUGCUACAUGGAGGAGAUGAAGAACGUGAAGCGAGUGGAGGGCGAGGACGGCCGGAUGUGCAUCAACACAGAGUGGGGCGGCUUUGGAGAUGAUGGCUCCCUGAAAGACAUCCUGACGGAGUUCGACGAGGUGGUGGACCAGACGUCCAUCAACCCCGGCGUCCACACUUUUGAGAAAAUGAUCAGCGGUAUGUAUCUGGGAGAAAUUGUUCGGCUGGUGCUGGUGAAGCUGACGGAGGACAACCUGCUGUUUAGAGGACAAACGUCCGAGGCGCUCAUGACUCCGGGACAAUUUGAGACAAAGUUUAUCUCUGAGAUCGAAGAGCCAGACAGCGGUCUGGAAAACGCCCAGAAGAUUCUGACGGCAUUGGGUCUGAAUUGGGAUCCAGUCGACGCCUGUGUGGUGCGUCUAGUCUGUGAUACCAUCUCCUCACGCUCUGCCCGUCUCUGUGCUGCUGCCCUGGCAACCAUCGCCAACCGUAUCCGUGUCAACCGUGGGUUGGACNUGCCAUACUCCACCAUUUGUGAUGAUGGACUCAGUGAUCUUGGUGUCCUGAGUAUAGAAUCCAGAAGGGCCAAGGCCUUGGAUCCCAACAUGUUUCAGGACCAGUUUGCCAGACAGCAGCAGCCGUACCCUGUUGCUGUAGUGAUGGUGAGCAACAUUUCCGCAAACGCCAACAACAGCAGUCAGAUUUCCAAGAAGCCUAAAAUCAGCCUGAAAUGGACGACAUCCCUCCGGACAUGCUCAGUGAAGAAUAUCGUGCAGCGCCUGGAGUGUUUCUGUCUCUCUCGGGAGAAGCUGGAGGAAGUUUCCGACCAGCUGACGAACGAUCUGAUCCGAGGUUUGGAUAAUUUGCAUCCUGAGCCUCCUGUCAAGAUGCUGCCCACCUUCAUCAGGGCCACGCCGGACGGGACGGAAGAAGGCGACUAUCUGGCGUUGGAUCUCGGCGGGACGAACUUACGGGUUUUUCACGUCCGUGUGGUGAAGGAGAAGCGGGAAGUUCUGAUGAUGGACAGUAAGACCUGCAGCAUCCCGCAGAAGAUCAUGCUGGGACCCGGAGAACAGCUGUUCGACUACAUUGCCGAACAUCUCAGUAAAUUCCUCAAGUCUCGGGACCUGAAGGGACAAACUCUUCCUCUGGGCUUCACCUUCUCCUUCCCCUGCGAGCAGAAGGCAAUCGACGAGAGCAUCCUGAUCAGCUGGACCAAAGGCUUCAAUUGCUCCGGUGUGGUGGGACAAGAUGUGGUGAGGCUUCUGAAAGAGGCCAUUCACAGGAGAGGGGACUAUGGUAUCAGCUCGGUUGCCAUGGCAAACGACACGGUGGGCACGAUGAUGAGCUGUGGCUACAGGGACCAGAGCUGUGAGAUCGGCAUGAUCAUCGGGACGGGAACCAACGCCUGCUACAUGGAGGAGAUGAAGAACGUGAAGCGAGUGGAGGGCGAGGACGGCCGGAUGUGCAUCAACACAGAGUGGGGCGGCUUUGGAAAUGACGGCUCCCUGGGAGAUAAAAAAAUAAACAUCCUGACUGAUUUCGACAGGUUGGUGGACCAGAAGUCCAUCAACCACGGCCACUACAUUUUUGAGAAAAUGAUCAGCGGUAUGUAUCUGGGGGAAAUUGUUCGGCUGGUGCUGGUGAAGCUGACGGAGGACAACCUGCUGUUUAAAGGACAAACGUCCGAGGCGCUCAUGACUCCGGGACAAUUUAAGACAAAGUUUAUCUCUGAGAUCGAAGAGCCAGACAGCGGUCUGGAAAACGCCCAGAAGAUUCUGACGGCGUUGGGUCUGAAUUGGGAUCCGGUCGACGCCUGUGUGGUGCGUCUAGUCUGUGAUACCAUCUCCUCACGCUCUGCCCGUCUCUGUGCUGCUGCCCUGGCAACCAUCGCCAACCGUAUCCGUGUCAACCGUGGGUUGGACCGUCUCAAGACCACGGUGGGGGUGGAUGGGGCGGUCUACAAAAAACACCCCAAUUUCAAAGAGAAGCUCCAGGCGGCGGUGCGCGUCCUCGCCCCAAAGUGUGACAUCACCUUCCUCGACUCCGAAGACGACAGUGGGAAGGGCGCUGCCAUGGUAACGGCGGUGGAGCAGCGGCGAAGUAAAUAGGAGGCAACACUUUGAGGCAGAGCAAAUGGAUUUUUUACCUUCGAACACAAGAGUGUGAAUCUUACAUCCAGCUGCAGUUGUUCAUGUUAUGUUAACACAGGUGGGGGAAGCAUUUAGAUAUUUUAAUACAUUUAAAGUUGUACUUGAAUAGAAGUGUAAUAAAAGUGUAAUAAUCAGAAUAUAUAGCACCAAAAGUAAAAGUACUCACUAUGCACAACAGCCACUUUUAGAAUUAGAAUUAAGGUGUCUGGUGGAGGUAUUUUUAUUACUUUAUAUUUUGCUGUGCAGCUUGUGAAUUUCCACCAGGGAUCAAUAAAGUCUUAUAUAAAAUAUCCUUUUUUAAAACAA